AACUUUGUUUUUCCGCCGCUGGAGGCUUUUAUUCUGAAAUAAGAAGAAACUCCAUAAAUCUAAAGACCAGAAGACGUUGAUGUUUUUCACCGGACUUACCAUGAAAUGUUGAAGCUCCAAAAACAAAGUUUUAUAAAGACAACUUGAACAACGUGUCUGUUUUAAAGUAGACAACAAUAUUUAUGUUGUUUUAAAUAAAUAUUUAUGCAACAUUAUUUAACAGAGCAGCACAUAUUUACAGUUUUUCCUCUUUUUUUGCUGAUUCAUAUAAAUUGUCUUCCUGCUUUUUCAAAACUUUUCUUCUCAAAAUGUGGCAAAAUUUACACUUUAGGAAAAGUUUUAGUUCUUUGUUUUAAUGCUGCUGCAAAAACUUUGGUGUUUCUGGAGGAUUUUUCUAUCAUCACCUGUUUUCAUUUCAUGUAAUUGUGGUUUUUAAUCAUAACUCAUAUUUAGUAGCCAAAUUGAAUCUUUAAACAGAUUUUUGAUUUGAGUUUUUUGCAACUGUAGAUCAGCUAAUAGAUUUUUUACUGGACUUUAACUUUGUACAAUGUCGUGUAACAAUGUUGAUAUUGUUAUUUAUAAUGCAUUUUGUAUUUAUUCUAGUUUUUUGGUACAUGCUAAAGGGUUUUUCUCUUUUUAAAGCAUUUUUCUUUGGAAAGGACGACACAGGAGAGCAUCGGGAUGUUUAUUGUUGAUAAUGUUGCUUUGGGUUAAUGCAGAUGCUUCAUGUUUUKAAUAAUUUCACCUGCAUUCUCAAACUUACAGAGAUUCAUUCAAUGUUUUUAACUUUGACAAGCUUUCAACUAAAAUAAACUGGAUUUCAGUUUCCAGCCUUCUGGUGCCUCCAUGUUUGUUUCCACUUCAACCCUACAAAUCUUAUCCACCGAUAUUUAAUCUUAAUCUCUCAGUGCAGUUGCUAUAAUCAACAUUUCUGCAGAUUUAAUCUGGAGCUGUUUAUACAUCUCUUAUAGAUUUUGGCUUACACUGGUUUUAUGUUUAUAAAAUCAGUGCUAUCUUACUAUCUGAACGUCUAUUGUUAAGUUUAAAAACAACAAUGAUCAGAUGAAAUUCUAUCAUGCAUGAUGCAAAGACAUCACACUGUUAAUCCCACAUAUGACGCAUCAGUUGCUUCUUUUUUUAGGUUACCUGUUAGGUGGCUCAUGUAAAAGGAAAAUAUUCCAUACAGUUUAGACUGAAGUUACAUAAGUUAUUGAUUUCUGUUCCUUAAACAGUUCUGAAAAUGAGACUGGGUGAAGAGUCUUUUGUAAUGCAAUGCAGAGCUGCAGGAAUGUGGGAAUCUGAGCUAAAUCCCAGUGGAGGCGACUGCAUGAGGAAAAAAGUUUUGUUUCUCUGCGCCAAGAUCUGUAUCCAGAUAUUUAAAUAAAAAAAGCUCAUCCUAAAGCUAAACUUCAGACAAUAUUUACAUAAUCCAUAAGAGAAACCAACUAAACCUGAUUUACCAUAAAAUUUCCUUUUUUAUCUUUAUAGUGUAGAAAUGUGUCGUCAGCAUUUUUGUUGUUCUUCUUGAGCUAAAUAAUGGUUGUUUUUACAUUUGUUUUAGUUUUUUUGCCGGUUUUGGAGACUUUUUGAUAACUUUUUAGUCACAAAGACGUUUUAAAAAUAUUUUUAGCUUUGAGUCUCCAGUCUUCUGUGGUUUGCAUUUGGGUCUCUCCCCGAAACCUCGUCUUCAUCCGCCCCUUAUCUUCAUCCACUUCGUGUAAGCGAGCACAUAAAAGCUUCAUAAAAUAAGCCGGAUGACUCAAUGUUGGGAUUACAACAAACUGAACUGGAGGUAAAUGGACUUGCAGGAAACAUUUGUAGUUCUGAAUCCAUCCCCAACCCGCCUCAUCCUGCAAUAACCUGGAUCCGAAAUCUAAAUCUUUGCUUUCAUUACUAGAUGCUCAAAUUCACUUAAAACUAUAGAAAAAAAUAGUUCAGAUGCUGCAACAAGUCUUUCCUUUAAGUCUACUUUGGCUGACUUGAUUUUCACUCCAACGCAAAGACCAAGGCAGCUUAUAAAUGCGUGAAACUCGUCUCUAAUCACCUUCAUUUUCUCUGGUUUCCACCGUUUGUUCUGUUUCCUCCUGAGCGCAAACAAAACAACAUCUGAUGUGAUACGAUUGUAGAAAACAACUACGAAAAAGAUGUCAAAGCGCACAAAAAAAUGAGUGACAAGAGUUAAAGAUGUGCUAAAAUAACACGCCAUCUUGCAUUUUUCACCACUUGAUAUGACACCUUCUGACAUUUCUCUGUGCGUGUGUGUGUGUGUGUGUGUGUGUGUGUGCGUGCGCGCGCAGGGACAAAGCAUGCAGUGUUAUUUCACCACGUUUCUCUCUUUUGUUUUCAUUUGAGUGGAAGUUUCGAGAAGUGCGUCUUGACGAAUUGCAUGGCCUGGUGUUGGAAGUGCAAGACACAGCAGCAUAUUGCAGAUACGUCACGACGGUUCAAACAGCUACCGGCUCAUGCAGCUCGGUUGUCUGGAGUCGGUGGCCAACUCCUCGGUCGCCUACUCCUCCUCGUCGCCGCUCACCUACCCAGCGCCGGCGGGGACGGAGUUCGCCUCGCCCUACUUCUCGGCCAACCACCAGUACACGCCCCUGCACCACCAGUCCUUCCACUACGAGUUCCAGCACUCCCACCCGGCCGUGGCCCCGGAGGCCUACGGGCUGAACUCGCUGCACUCCGGCCAGUAUUACCAGCAGAUCCACCACGGGGAGCCCGCCGACUUCAUCAACCUCCACAACGCGCGCUCGGCCCUCAAGUCCUCGUGCCUGGACGAGCAGCAGCGGCGCGAGCUGGGCUGCCUCGACGCUUACCGGCGCCAUGACUUGUCGCUGAUGACGUCACACGGCUCUCAAGCCUACGGCGUCGGCAUGCACCACCCGGACCAGAGGCUGCUGCCCGCCGCCGGCCUGGGCCUCCCUCCGCCGGCGGGAGACGACCUGCAGGGCUCCGUGGAGGCGCAGUGUGGGCUCGUACUGAACGGCCAAGGGGGCGUCAUCCGGAGAGGGGGGACGUGCGUGGUGAAUCCCACAGACCUGUUCUGCUCCGUACCGGGUCGCCUGUCGCUGCUCAGCUCCACCUCCAAGUACAAAGUCACCAUCGCCGAGGUGAAGAGACGACUUUCCCCUCCAGAGUGCCUCAACGCCUCCCUGCUGGGCGGCAUCCUGCGCAGAGCAAAGUCCAAGAACGGCGGCCGGUGUCUUCGUGAGAAACUCGACCGUUUGGGCCUCAACCUGCCGGCAGGACGGAGGAAAGCUGCCAACGUCACGCUGCUCACCUCCCUGGUGGAAGGUGAGGCGCUCCACCUGGCGAGGGACUUCGGCUACACCUGUGAGACCGAGUUUCCCAGCAAGGCGGUGGGAGAACAUUUGGCGAGGCAGCACAGCGAGCCGAAAGAGACCAACGCACGCAAGAAGAUGGUUCUGGCAACAAAGCAAAUCUGUAAGGAGUUCCAGGACCUGCUGAGCCAGGACCGCUCUCCUCUGGGCUCCUCCAGGCCGACCCCCAUCCUGGACCUGGACAUCCAGAGACACCUCACACACUUCAGCCUGAUCACUCACGGCUUCGGCACGCCGGCGGUCUGCGCGGCGCUCAGCACCUUCCAGACGGUCCUCAGCGAGAUGCUCAACUACCUGGACAAAAACUCGAGCGGCAAAACGAGCGGGCCGAACGAGCAACAGAUCAACAGCAGCUCGGAAAAGACGCAGCUCCGGAAAACAGCCGAAUCCCAGAACAAAGACGGGAAGUCAGAAAAGACUGAGUAGCAUCUCUUACCCCCGACACUCACACACCUGGUUGCCGUGCCUUGGAGCGCUGAAUCUUAGGAGUGUAUCUGUGUGUGUGUGUGUGUGUGUGUGUGUGUGUGUGUGUGUGUGUGUGUGUGUGUGUGUGUGUGUGUGUGUGUGUGUGUGUGUGUGAGACUCCCACACAUUUUGAGUAACUUCUGAAGGAAAUAUUUAUUCCUAUUUAUUUAUCUUAAGUGGAAGUCUGACACUAAUUUAAGUUUCCAGAACACAGAAAGUGAGAAAUACAAAACAUUACAAAGUAUUUUUGGUCUAGUUUCUGGCGUAAAUGAAUAAAUACGUUUGAAAUAAAACAAAACUAAUUUAAAAGUAACUUUUCAGUUCUUAUACAUUAUAGAAAAAGUAUUGAGUGAAACAGAUUCUUGAUUUAAAACCAGCUCCUACGUCUUACUUUGUUUUAUUUCAAGUGCACCAAGAUAUUUGCACUAGGAACUCGACCAAAUAUACUUGGUAAUAUUUUGUGUUUUUACAGUGAACAUUUACUGUAGUUCUUUAUUUAUUUAUUCUGAAAAAGUUUUAUUUUUCCAGGUCGGGGUGUGAAGCUCUACAUAUCAGUGCAUUUGUUCUGCAAAACUGCAAAAACUCAAAAUGUUUUUCGGCUCUGAUAAUCGAUCUGUUCAGAUCACUUGAGGAGUAAUUGAUUACAAAUGUUUACAUUUUGUUUCUCUGCGUUUUUAUCAGACCAGAUCUGGAUGCAGACUCUCCUGACCUCUUGAACAUCAGUCAGGGUUUUUAUGUCAGAAUCGUCUUGCAAAAGUUUUCACGCCGCUUGAACUUUUUCACUUUUUCGUCUUGUUGCAACCACGAGCAGAAACGUUUCAUUUGGAUUUCAUGUGAAAGAAAGUUAAGCAUAGUUGCAAAAAGAAGAAAGAAAGCAGACAAAUACUUUAGAUUUUUAUUAUAUCCUGCAAACAGAUUCCCCCAAAUUCUUUCCACGAUAAUUCUCAAGAACCUGGAGGGACUGAUUGAUAUAAUUUGACAGUAAACAGAUAAAAACUGCAUUGAUUUGAUUGAUAACAUGAUAUUUA